AGUAUGAAGCAGCUUCAACGGAGCUUCGGACAACUAAUUUUAAGCAUGGCUGUCUAGCGUGCCUGUCACUCCUAUUGUCCUUCCAAACUCUUUCAGACAUUUUGAGCAAGGAGUAUUAAAGCUAUGAGUUAGCAAGGGUUGUGACAUUAAUGGUCUACAAAGGCUUUAGGCACGAGAGGUAAUGAUGAUUACGGUGGCUAUUUGGAAGACUGCACUGGAUCGCUGUCAUUAAAAAUUAAGCGUGGCUUUUGAGGAAGAUGUGACAACUACCGGAGGUCUUUUCGCCAUUCCUCCAGGACUUCCACCGCAAGGAAAGGAGACCCUGGACCACCAUCUUCUAAGAUGUUCAUAUGGACCAGUGGCCGGACUUCCUCAUCUUACAGACACGAUGAGAAAAGAAAUAUCUACCAAAAAAUCAGGGACCACGACCUCCUGGACAAAAGGAAAACAGUCACAGCACUAAAGGCUGGAGAGGACCGAGCCAUUCUCCUGGGACUGGCCAUGAUGGUGUGCUCCAUCAUGAUGUAUUUCCUUCUGGGAAUCACACUCCUGCGCUCAUAUAUGCAGAGUGUGUGGACUGAAGAGACUCAAUGCACCUUGCUGAAUGCGUCCAUCACGGAGACAUUUAAUUGCUCCUUCAGCUGUGGGCCAGACUGCUGGAAACUCUCUCAGUACCCCUGCCUCCAGGUGUACGUGAACCUGACUUCUUCUGGGGAAAAGCUCCUUCUCUACCACACUGAAGAGACAAUGAAAAUCAAUCAGAAGUGCUCCUACAUACCUAAGUGUGAAAAAAGCUUUGAAGAGUCCAUGUCCCUGGUGAAUGUCGUCAUGGAAAACUUCAGGAAGUACCAACACUUCUCCUGCUAUUUUGACCCGGAAGGAAACCAGAAGAACGUCAUCCUAACCAAACUCUACAGUUCCAACGUGCUGUUCCACUCACUCUUCUGGCCCACGUGUAUGAUGGCCGGGGGCGUGGUGAUCGUGGCCAUGGUGAAACUCACACAGUACCUCUCCCUGCUCUGUGAGAGGAUCCAGCGGAUCAAUAGAUAAAAGCAAACAUGGAUGAAAUUGUUUUCUUUAAAGCUCAAAUACUGUUUUCUUUCAUUCUUCACCAAAGAACCUUAAGUUUGUAAUGUGCAGUCUGUUAUGAGUUCCUUAAUAUAUUAUUAUAUGUAGAGCAAUAAUGCAAAAGCUGUUCUAUAUGCAAACAUGAUGUCUUUAUUAUUCAGGAGAAGAAAUACUGUUUUGUGUUGGUCAGUUCUUUUCAUAAUCUUGUUUUGUUGCUGGAACUAGUGUGUCCUUCCUUCCUUCCGCCAAAAUAGGGCUCAGAUAUUUAUUUGCCAACCUAUAUGGAGGAAUGUAGCAACAUCAAUGUGCUAAGGUCUGCGUUCUGAGGUAUCAGAUCUCUUAAAGACAAGAUUUUUCAUCAUUUAUUGUUUACUAAAGCUAGAGCCAAAAAUAUUUUUUCCCUUUCUUAAUCAAAAUUGAGCCCUGUAGCAAGUGAAGGGACCGGAUUUUCUAGUUAAAGGGUGUUAAGCAUUUUUCUUGUCUUUUUAUCAUGUGACUAAAAAAGAAGGGAAACCUAGCCAGUUACUUUUCUUUCAUCACUUUUUAUUUACAGCUUUAGAUUUUUUAAACUGAUUUCCAAAAAAUAAAAAUAAAAAAAUAAGCUUUUUUCAUUAGCCAGUUCUGUAGUUACUUCCUAUGAGUCAAAUAGAAAAUUAAGAGCCCUUUUCCAUUUAAGACCCGCUACUGUGUGAAGAGAUGAUAUUGACAAAGGAUUCAUUACCUUUGGACUUAGUGAAUGUUGGUAGAUAUUCCAGUACAAUGCAGGAACGUCUGUGGUAGGAAUGUAUUUGUGUGAAAAUCUUUAUUCCAUCUCAACUGAACUGUUCAAUGGUACAAAUUAAGAUGAAACUUGCUGGUAAAGACUGGUAGACUGAUUUUAAUGGGUAAAUCUACUGUGGUAAAUUAACAUGUUGGAAUUGUUCUUUGGGAAUUUAUUAUUAAGUUAAGGAAUGUGUACUCUGUCCUCUAACAAGUGUUCUCUGUCAGAACUUUAAAGAUAUGUACACAGAAUAUCUGUCUCCUUUACAUGUUUUAUUUUUCUAUUUAUAAUUCCCCCUUUUUGUUGUUAUAUUUUAUACACAGAAUAGACCUUUUUCUUAACACACAUUUGAACUGAAUAACAGAUUUAAAGGAAGCCUUUCUUCACGUUGCUAUUUACUUAUUGUAUUGGGGGUGGGGGAAUGAGGGAUUGGUUUUAAAUAAAAAACAUUCCAUCUUUUAUUUAAUAUCACUAUCAAAAGGAGAAGACAAACAUCUAUCUUUCUCAUCUAUAUUUAAGUACCUUUUUGUAAUGUAGUAUCAAAGUUUUUUAGGUAUUGCAAAAUUUUACAAAUCACUUGUGGAAUGAAUGGCAAAAAUAAUCUGAUGAUGUGAAAAUUAUUCUGCAAUAUUGUAAUUCAUAGUUUGACUUUUCAUAAGCAAAUAAAUCCCUAGGGUGUGAUCAGGACUUCAGAUGUGUAAUUAAAGUUUUUUUCAAAAAAAU